AUGUCUGAGUCAUAUCCAGACCCCAAUAUCGAAGAAGAGGAUCGAGACGAAGACGAGCAAGAAUACGGCACGCAAGGCAAACAAGGCCUAAUCCUUAUCAUUGAUGGCAGUCCAACAAUGCAAAAGGCCAACAGUCCAACAGGAGAAACACCAUUCCAAGUCAGUCUCAAGGCUGCUUUCGUGACUGCCAAGAACUUUCUCCACAGUGGUCAACGAUACUAUGGACUGAUGAUUUAUGGAGUCAACGACGUCAAGAACUCUCGAGACAUGCCAGGCGUUCAUGUGCUUUCAGACUUGCAAAUACCUGAUGGUGAUAUCAUAAAACGACUUCAUGACUUGGUCAAGAGACCUUCUGUUUCCGGAAAUGAAAAACAUUCUGCUAUCGACUCUUUGGGAGGCUCUGUUGAUCAAGUUGACUUGGACAAGGUCUUUGAUAUGGCGAUUCGCUACUUUAAUGAACCCGACAUGAAGAAGAAACUCUCAGAUCGCAAAAUAUGGGUCUUGACAAACAAUGAUAACCCAUUGCGCAAUGAUCCAGAUCGCGUCAAGACCACCUACGCAGUCGCCACAAAAGCUCAGGAUGCAGAGGAAGCCGAUAUUGAACGCACCCUCUUCCCAUAUCAAACUGCUGAUGGUCGAGAAUUCGACCUUGGUCGAUUCUGGACGAAUUGGGUCAGUUACGAUGAACACGGUGUCGCCUAUGUACCUCAGACUCGAACUUAUGAAGAGCUCUUGCAAGAAAUCAAACAACGCGAAAUGGCAUUACGGGUUGCGUUCCGACUGCCUUUCGUUAUCUUUGAUGACUUCACAAUUGGCAUCGUGGGAUACAAUCAUCUCAUCGAAGCCAAAGUGCCAACUCCAAAACAGGUUUCGAGGCAAUCAGGGCAGGUGUUUAAGGCGAAGACUGAAUACACCAACGCCGCUGGACAAACUAUUGCUCCUUAUCAAAUGAAAAGUGCUUAUGUUGUGGGCGAAGACAAGAUUGUGUUUGAUAAGAAGGAAGUGAAGGACACCAAGAACUUUGGUGAACAAUAUCCCAAGGGUCUCGUCUUGUUCGGAUUCAAGCCUAUGUCGUUACUCAAGCCCCAAAACCAACUCGAUCACUCUUCUUAUAUUUACCCUGACGAGUCGAAUCUUUUGGGUAGUUCAUCUGUAUUUGCCAAUUUACGAGAAUCAAUGAUUCGAAACAACGUGUUUGCUGUUUGUCGAAUGAUACAAAAGGCUAAUGCAGCUCCACGUCUUGUCGCAUUGUAUCCAGAGAAGACCACCCUUGGAAAAGUCGAUGCUCAUGGAGAAAGCCCUCCUGGUCGGGGUUUCUAUGUAACCCCUCUACCAUAUGCUGAUGAUAAGCGAUCACCACCAUUUGAAAAACCUGUCAAACUAUUGCCACCAGAAUUGCUUGAUGCCACAUCUGCAGUAAUCACGUCACUCUACCAUGCUGGUGAAUACCCGUUCGACGAGUUCAACAAUCCUGAUUUGCAAAGGCAUUAUGCGCUUGUAGAGAGCACGUUGCUCCAAGAACCAACAGAACCUGUCAAAGACAAUACAUUGCCUCCAACCGACGACAUCUACGAACGUGCUGGAACAUCUCUCAAGAAUUUGAAACGAGUUCUUGCUGAUAUAUGUCAUGGAGAAAUGGAUGUGCCUGUGAUGAAGAAGGCCAAGAUCGCCAAACCACCACUGACUUUGGCUGCUGCACACAAGGCUUUUCUCGAUGGAAACUUGAAGAGCAAAACAGUCGAAGAGUUGAAAGGCUUGUCGUCUAGAGAAGGAUGGACCAAAGCUGCAGGGUUGAAGAAGGAUGCGUUGGUUGAUUAUGUCAAAGAGAAACUUGGGCAUGAUCUUUUCAGUGCACAAGAAAGUGCUUCUGACCAACAAGCUGAACGCUCUCCAGAAGAUAUCGAGGAUGCAGUCAUGGCACGUCUCAUGACCAAGGCUGAGCAGUUGCUGAGAGCUUGUAAACAGGCAACUUGUGUAAAGCUGUUUGGAAGUCUGGAAUUUCAGCCUUUGAUUCGCUUCCUUCCGAAAGCAGUAAAUACAAUCGACUGUCGUCCCGAAGCCUUAGAAUCGCCAGAAUUCGCAGAAUCCGCUGCAAAGUCACCAUCUAUCAAACAUUUACGUGUAACAUCGGUUGAUUAUAUAUGGGAGGAUGUGGCUGUUGCAGCAUUUCUCGCCCUACAACGACUUGAAAGCUUUCAUUGUUGUACGGGCGGUGAAUUCCAUGCAGGUCACGUAUUGGCGGCCUUGGAAACCAACAGCAGGGAGCCGCUCCAUUCACUGAGACUCUUCUCAGUUGUUAUCAAGGACGUUACGAGCUUGGUCUUCUACAAAAUCUACGAAUGGUGGUAUCAUCAAGCUAGGGCUAGGUACUUGCAGGCUAUUGGAUUUAGGAAGGAUUUCUUACGGUGA